AUGUCGGAUUUCUAUUAUCAAAUCCCACCACCGCCAUUCCCCUCCUACUCCCCAGUUCACACUAUAAACGCUGCAGAUAGAUUUUAUGGUACACUUGAUGGUACUUGGAGGGGUGGCUGGGGUGACAGAAACUGUGGUACUUUCAACUGGAAGGAUCCUGAGCUUAGAAGGUCUAACAGCUCAACUCCCCCUUCCCUCGCUGACUAUAGGCGAAUAGAAGGCGCUACUGCUCGCAGGGAUAGGCUUAAAAAGGUUUGGAAUAGCCUCCCUACAAACAAAUCUAUUAAAAUCCAUUCUAACUACGACUAUGAACUCCUCAACUCCAACAAAUCAUGGCAGGAUUUCUGUGAAUACACCUUCAACAAGGAAUUCGAAUUGUGGAACAUUUACAAGCAACUUGACUCAAAUAACGAUAUGAAACUAGACAAACUAGAUCUUAGACAAGCUCUCAAAAAAGCUGAUAUUCACCUUGAUGAUGAAAAUUUUACCAAGUUCUUUAACACCCUCGAUCAAAACAACUCUGGCGUCAUCGAAUUCGCUGACUUUAGAGAUUACCUACUUCUCCUCCCGAGGCACCCCCACAUUACUGAAAUCUAUAGAUACUACACCGUCAAAAAUCAAUCCAGAGGCGCUUCCCAACUCACCUCCGACGCUGACGUCAUUCUCACCGCCGACGAAUCUACAAGUCGAUCUAAACCGAAAACUAAGCUAACCGCAAGGUCAAUCUCCCCAAACGUCGAUCACCGCCAAGAUAAACACAUCAAACACAUAGAAUACGAUCAACAACCAGACGACAACGACAGUGACAAUGAUAUCGACAAUUGCACCACCGGUCUCCUCCGAGGUAGUCAGGCUCUCAGGUUUCUUCUCGCAGGUGGUAUAGCUGGCGCUGUCAGUCGCACAUCUACCGCCCCGUUCGACAGACUCAAAGUGUAUUUGAUAACUACCACUAAAAAGACCAACAUGAGCGGUCUCUCCGCCUUAUCCAGUGCAAUGCACAAAAUUUACAUCCAAGGUGGGGGUUUGACGGCUUUCUGGGUGGGAAAUGGUCUCAACAUAGUCAAAAUAUUCCCCGAAUCUGCCAUCAAAUUCCUCUCAUAUGAGACUGCCAAGAGGAUUUUUGCCAAACAUUGGGAUAAAGUGGCUGACCAGACCGACAUAAGUGGUACAUCGCGCUUCAUAGCUGGUGGAUUAGGCGGUAUUACAUCUCAAUUCGUCAUCUACCCCGUGGAGACGGUCAAGACGCGCAUGAUGAGCACAGCGUCGCACACUUCCAAAACAACAGUCCUGCAAACAGCGCGUGACAUAUACCAAAAAGCAGGACGACGUGCCUUCUACAGAGGUUUGCCAGCCGGACUCUGUGGUGUAUUUCCGUAUAGUGCAAUCGAUAUGUCCACCUUCGAAGCUCUCAAAAUAGCCUCUAUGCGAUACCACGAGGGAGAGGAUCCCUCCAACAUUGAACUAUUGGCGUGCGGGAGUGUAUCAGGCUCUAUCGGCGCUACAUCCGUUUAUCCACUCAAUCUCCUACGCACUCGCCUUCAGGCUAGUGGUACACCCGCCCAUCCUCAAUCUUACACUGGUUUUGUCGAUGUGCUCAACAAGACUUACUCCAAUGAGGGGCUUAGAGGUUUCUAUCGCGGCCUCAUCCCCACACUCGCCAAAGUUGUUCCUGCAGUGUCCAUAUCUUACCUUUGUUACGAGAACGCUAAACGAAGUUUGGGUGUGUAG